CUCACUCACUGCUAUCUACAACACAACGUAAUCGAAAGCGAGCAGCGAUCAUGGCAGACGCCCGUCGUCAAGUGUCCACUUCUUCCUCUGCUACUACCACUUCCCGCAGCUCCGCAGCCACAGCCGCAUUGAAUGCCGAGCGGGACGCAGUGGAUCUCCUCCACUCUCUCUCCACCCUCCUCCAAACAGGUCUGACCCGCUCAGACUUGAAAGCCAGCAUGACCCUACUAGGGCAGGGUGUUCAUCCAACUGCGCUCGCGCAAGUAAUCACUGACCUUCGAGCAGAAGGAGCUCGUACCACCUCUACCUCUACCUCUACCUCUACUUCUACCGCUGGCCGUCCUACUCCUGCUUCUGCAACGGCUGCUGCAGGAGGUGAAGGAGCAUAGAGGUAGAGAUAGACGUACACCACAACGACUUGAAUCCUUGAAAUGCUAGCAUCACGCUCUCCGCCCUAGCCACGUUCCACGUUCUUCCUUCUUCCCCUCUUCCCAAUCGUAAUCGUCAUCGUCAUCGUAUUGUACUGUACUAGUACUUGUUCAUAGAGAUAGCAAUAAAGACGCGCUUGAGCGAUCACGAGGACUAGUCUGUGAUCAGCUCAGAGCAGAGCAGUCAAAUUCGACCGGCUCGACUCAAUCACUCCCU